AUGGCAUCUAAGCAACUACGUAUCGGCGUUUUCAUGCCCUCAAGCGUACAACUCCUCGACCUCGCGACAGUUGAUGUACUUGCCUCAAUGUCGAAAGAAUAUCUUGGCCUCUUACCUCUGCCAGCUCACAUUGGCAAGAUGGCACCCAGCAUCAAGAUAACAUACAUCACAUCACCCAAGCUCUUCCCAGAUGUAGCUCUGACUGCUGAUCUCACCAUCCGCGCAACACGCACAUACGAAGAUGAGGAUGUUGCACCAGGCAAACUGGACAUCGUCGUUGUUCCUGGUACAGAACCAGGCGAUGACUUUGAGGAGGAUGCAACCAGGUGGCUGAGGGAUCAAUUCAACACAGAGGGUGUUGAUGUGUUGUGUGUUUGCACUGGUGUCUUCCUGUGUGGUGCAGCAGGCAUACUUGAUGGGAAGAGUGUAAGUGGGCCUCGAGGACUACAGGAUGAUCUGAGGAAGAAGUAUCCAAAUGUUAAGUUUGUGGGAGAAAAGUAUCGAUGGAUUCAAGAUAGCAACUUGUGGACAAGUGGUGGGAUAACCAAUGGCAACGAUAUGAUGGUUGCUUAUGCCUACGCCAACAGCAAAUAUUGGCCAAAACCUGUUGUUAGUAUGGGCUCAAUGCUGACUGACGUUGGGGAUCGACCUCAAUUGUAUGAUCAAGGCCAGCGCAAGUUCUUCUUAACCAUUGCAUGGCAUAUUGCUCAGGCUUGGUUUUUGAGUUUGAUGCCAUCCAAGAAGAAUCAGAGCAAGAAGGAUUAG